AUGCAAACGUUGAGGGUUCGUUUGAAAAGAGAAAAUCCUGUCACCACCAGGUUGUUGAUUGACACAGGUUCUCAAAGAAGUUAUAUAACUCAAGCGCUGGCUACCAGAAUGCGCUAUGAGCCGAUCCGCACUGAGAACUUGGUUCAUGCAUUGUUUGGUGGGAGCAAGACUGAACCCAAGACGCAUCAAUGCUAUAAGAUCCGUCUGCAAAGUUUGAUGAGUGCGUUUUCCUGCAACUUUGAAGUUCUUGACUCGGAACAGAUUUGUCACGCCAUUCCCUCCAUUCCUAAAGGUCUAUGGGUAUCUGAACUUCGCGAGAAGAAAAUCGAGUUGACUGACGACAGAGAGGGCCCAAUUGGCAUUCUUGUUGGAGCGGACGUCGCGGGAAAGCUACUCACCGGGAGGCGCGAGGUAUUAAGCUGUGGUUUGGUUGCUAUCGAAACUAGCCUAGGUUGGACCAUAAUGGGCCGCGUUAAGGACGCUGAGACAAGUUGUAUGGUUAACAUCAGUUUGCACUGCGCCCAGGAGUUCGACCCUUCUGAUAUGUGGAGGUUGGAUGUGUUGGUCAUCGAGGACCCCGCUUUGGUUAGUACCAAAGAAGAGGCAAAAACGGUUGUGCGUCGGCACUUCUUGGAAACAGUUAAGAUUUUACCUGAUGGACGAUAUGAGGUAUGUCUUCCAUGGCUGAAGGAACAUCCCCCGCUGCCUCGAAAUUUCGAUCUGGCCCGUGGUAGACUUGAAUCGACCCUAGCCAAGUUACGUAACGGUCAUUUGGUGAAAGAAUAUGAAGCGGUGUUUCAAGAAUGGCUGAAAGAUGAAAUUAUUGAAGAGGUACAGCUUGAUAAGUGGGAUUUCGGACAUUAUUUGCCUCACCGAGCCGUGGUUAAGGAAGCCAGUACCACCCGAAUUCGUCCUGUUUUCGACGCCUCGUCCAAAGAGAAAGGCAAACCUAGCCUGAAUAUGUGUCUAGAAAAAGGGGAGAGUUAUGUAGAGUUAAUCCCAUCGAUACUUCUACGAUUCAGACUGAACGCAAUAGGCGUUAUUUCUGACAUAAGAAAAGCCUUCUUACAGAUUUCUGUUUCGGAAAAGGAUCGGGAUAGCUUGAGGUUCCUAUGGAAGGACGAGGUCGGAGAGAUGAAAAUCUACCGUCACAGGAGGGUGGUGUUUGGGGUGACCAGUAGCCCUUAUUUGCUAGGGGCCGUUAUUGACCAUCAUCUCUCAAAGUGUGAGGAAAAAGUGGCUUCAAAAGAGGUUCCUUAUGAAAGAUCUGUCAUCUCACAGUUGCGCAAAUGCUUGUACGUUGAUAACUGUGUGACUUCGGUUGAUGAUGAGAAGGAACUUUUGAGCUUCAUGUCGCAAGCCAGGGAAAUUUUUAUGAAAGCCUGCUUUGAUCUUCGUGGCUGGGAAUGGAGCGACCCCGAUUGUGCUGCUCACACCAGUUUCCCCGUUCUUGGACUUCUGUGGGAUAAAAAGGAGGAUAUUCUCAGGUUAAACCCUCCCAAGCCUUUGGAAAGUGAUGCCAUCACGCGACAAACAGUGAUGUCAGCAGCACACCGUAUUUUCGACCCGCUCGGUGUAUGUGCACCCGCCAUUUUGAUACCGAGAUUGUUAGUUCAAGAAAGUUGGGGUGAGGCUGGGAACUGGGAUACCCCUUUUAAUGAGCAAAGCCAGGCAACGUUCCGUAAGUGGAUGAGUCAAGCUGAUGUCUUGAAUCAAAUCGAAGUCCCACGAUGGUUGAAAUUGACCGUUGGUAAUGUGUCUCUACACACAUUUUGUGACGCAAGUCAGGUCGCUUAUGCCACCGUCUCAUUUUUGCGAGUUGAAACAGAUAACACGGUAUCUGUGAUAAUGGUGGGAGCGAAAGUUCGUGUUGCCCCUGUUAAGAGACCUACAAUUCCUCGCCUAGAGCUUCUGGCUGCAACAAUUGGGGCGCGAAUGGCUUCUAGUAUUGUAAAAGAGAUUGGCGAUGUAGAGUGCCAUUUUUGGUCAGAUUCUUCCACGGCUCUGUGUUGGAUCAAGAAAGAGGAACCGUGGGGAGUAUUUGUGUUCAACAGGGUUAAGGAAAUUCGUUCUCUGACUGAUCCUGAUACGUGGAAACAUGUGCCAGGGGUGAUGAACCCAGCAGAUCUUCCUAGCAGGGGUUGUUUUCCUGAAGAACUUCUUGACUCCAAAUGGUGGGAGGGGCCGAGAUGGUUGUACGGGCCGCGUUCUGAAUGGCCUAACUGCGAUGUCCCUCCUGAUGAAAAUGAAGUUCAAAUGGAAAGGAGAAAAACGCCUUUGAUUUCAGCUUUAUCCCAAGAACCAGGUGUGUUUUGCUGCGAAAGAUUAGCCCGGUACUUUUCUUCUUAUCACCGGAUCGUUCGAAUGGUUGCAUGGAUGAUAAGGUUUCUGUGGAACAAAUAUUCAAAGAAGGAAAAGCGCUCUGGAGAGCUGUCUUUGUCGGAAAUCGCAAGAGCUGAAAAGGUGGUUCUGAAAUCGAUACAGGAUGAAGCUUUUGAAGGGCUAGGUGAUAAACAGCUCAAAAAUUUGAAUCCACACAAAGAUAAAGUCGGACUGAUGCGUUUGAGAACCCGUAUUUGGGCGAGAAAAGACCCUGAAGACUUCCGUGCACCUUAUAUUCUUCCUUUCCAGCAUGUCAUUGUUGACAGAUUGAUCCACGACUUGCACACGCAGAAUGGACACAUUGGAGGGCAAGGUCUUCUGAACCUUCUAAGAGAAAGAUUCUGGAUCGUUAGAGGGAGGCAAGCUGUGAGAAGAAUUGUGUCUGCGUGUGUGAUAUGCAGGCGUUAUAGGGCCAAGGCAUUGGAAGUCGAGUCUCCACCGCUCCCGGAGAAUCGGGUAAGGGACGCUCGUGUGUUCGAAAUCAGUGGCACGGAUUUUGCUGGUCCACUCUACCUUAAAAAUGGAGACAAAGUUUGGGUGUGCAUAUUCACCUGUGCUGUUUAUCGUGUCACACAUUUGGAAUUGGUUACUGCCAUGUCAACGGAAGCCUUCAUCAUGGCGUUUCGACGUUUCAUUGCGCGUUGGGGCAGACCUUCCUUCAUGUACAGUGACAAUGGUACAAACUAUAAGGGGUUCAAAAAUGCUCUCGAUGGAAUUGAUUGGCAGAGAGUAGCGUCCCGCGGUUUGGUGAACCAAAUUGAAUGGCGCUUCAACCCACCCACAGCAACAUGGUGGGGCGGGUUCUGGGAACGCUUAAUAGGGAUUUUGAAAGUUCAUCUUCGCAAAAUUCUGGGACGGGCUUCACUCACUUUUGAAGAGUUGAACACCGUGAUCAGUGAGUGUACUGCUUAUAUCAAUUCUCGCCCCAUCACCUAUACAUCGGAUGACCCGAGUGAUCCGGUGCCUAUUACUCCUCAAAUGUUCAUUGGAGAUAUUCAAGAAAUGGGUGUCCCUGACUUGGACGAAGUUGAUGCGAAGAGUUUACACAAAAGAGUUAGACGUCGCCAAGAGAUCAGAGACAACCUAAAGCAGCGUUUCCGGUCUGAAUACUUGGGCCAGAUGUUCAUGACUGCUAGCAAUUUGAAGAAUCCGAGAGAGCCCAAGGUGGGAGAAAUAGUCCUCAUUGGCGCUGAUAAUCAGAAGCGGAUGCAUUGGCCGAUGGCAGUGGUUGAAGAACUGAUUCUUGGUGUUGACGGUCGGUGCCGAGUUGUCAAGCUUCGAACGCAGGAUGGCCAACUGACGCGUCCUGUCCAGCGAGUUUUUCCCUUGGAAAUUCCUCUCGAAGAAGAAAUGGAUCAAGGCCAGCUUCUAGCUGAGGUCGAAUCAGAAAGUGAUUCUGGUGGUUCAGCUACCGGCGGUUCUCUAGUUGAUUCACAAGUCAAGGUCGUCGCUUCACCACCCCAAAUCCAAGAAGCUCAACCUAUUAAUUCUGAAGACCCUCUGAUGAAGUUUCAUCAUGUGGAAACCAGAUGUGGAAGGAAGGUGAAAGUUCCAAGUCGUUUCUCCUAG